AUGGGUCAGCUUUGGCGAGUUCUCGCGCCAGGGCGCAAAGAAACGACAGGAAUUCUAGGGGAACUUGCUGAAGUCUUACUUUCGGGGAGCGCUUCCGGCCUUGUGGCUCUUCUGGCCGUGCCAGUAAAUACGCACCGAUAUCAAAACGUGGAGAUCGUUCCCGGUGAAAAUAUCGAAGAUAACGAGGACGAGGAUUUUGAGUGUACAAAACGAAUUCGCACAAGCGAUCUUUCCCAGAACCACUCCAGCAAAGCUGUCAGAAUCGAACAUCAUGAUCGGAACAUACGAGAAGCACGCAACCCAGAUUUCACCAGCCUUUCUUCAGAUCUCCAUCACAAGAUUUUCUCGAAUUUGGAUACCAUUGAGGACGUCCUGCGGCUAAGCCUCGCCAAUAAGUAUUUCUGGGCGGUCGGUCUUGCGCACAUCGAGGAUCACAUCGUCGAAUCGUUAGCACCAUGGGCUGGCGAGCGAAUAAUCUGCGUGAGCGAUCAAACUGACCCCUCCGAUUACCCAUCUGAUAUUUUGGACCCGGCCGAGCAAGAUGAUAUUAGGGAACUGAAUAAGGUCUACCAUUUGGAGUCCUUUUCUAUCAGAAAUACGUAUAAAAAGAUAGGGGCCCCUUCGCUGUCUCAAGAAUUACAAAGAUGGUUUCUUGACUACGAAGCGAAACACCACAUGUCACAGACAGACCGCGCGGAGAUCAUGAUGGGCCUCAAGCCUGAAAUUUUGGAAUUUUACCCCCGAGACCAGAGAUGGAUUUUACGUAACUUGACCACCAAGGAAUAUGUCCGAGGCGAAGUCAUAGCGCUCAAAGAAGAGUUCAUUCAUGGUCCUCAAAUUGACGUUAUAGGGUUUUCAGAGAUUCUUAUAUCUCGGAUUUCUUGGUCCUCCCAACCUGAAAGAGUUGGUUGGAGCGAAAAUAUCACCAAGGGCAAAUGGGCAGGCCAUCGAUUUGAUAUAACUCCUCUAUCUUUACAUGAAGAAAGGAGUAAGAAUGAGGUAUGGGAGGAUGUUAGUGAUGAAAUUUUAAGGGAAAUUGAUUUGAUCAUCGGAGGGGAACAUGGUGAUGAUUGGCGCGACCUGAUGGCUCGACAGUAUCGAAAAAUAGUAAGACCUACUCUCGAGGGUUUUUCAUAA